UGUGGCGCGUGAACAGAGAUCUUGAUUGAGGCACUGUGGCACUUCCAUCAGCUGAUCGCGACAUUCACCACGCUCUUAUUGAACCUGUUCUCUGAUAAAUUAGGGCAGCUUGAAGAUGCUGCCAUUUAAUCCGCCUAUUGUGAAACGACUGCUCGGGUUUAAGAAAGGAGAAGGCGAAGACAAGUGGAGCGAGAAGGCUGUUAAGUCACUUGUUAAAAAACUAAAAAAGACAGGCAGUCUUGACGAACUUGAAAGUGCCAUCACUCAAGCUGACGUCAAUACUCGGUGUAUUACAAUCCCGCGAUCUUUGGACGGUCGCCUCCAAGUGAGCCACCGCAAAGGCCUGCCUCACGUCAUCUACUGCCGUCUGUGGCGCUGGCCUGAUCUGCAGAGCCACCACGAGCUGCGUCCCCUCAACCACUGCUCGUACGCUUUUUCCCUCAAGAAAGAACUUGUCUGCAUUAACCCAUACCACUACACUAAAAUUGCUCCUCCAGGGAGUGACGGGAGUGCUGUGCACGGUUCAUGCGUCUGUUAUCCUGACUUGCCAUCCAUCCUGGUACCAAGAAACCAGAACAACCAGCACCACCACCACCAGUUCUCUUUCUCACCACCCACCAGCAUCACCUCCCCGUCCUUCAGCCCGCGUCAGUUCAACGAAGACUCUAAACCUAACAUCGCAACAAUGCCGGCCAAGAGCCUAGGUUUGCCAGACAACAACUUAAUGAUCAAGGCAGAGUCUCCAGAUGAAGACUUCGAGGACAUCACCGAUACGUUCUCCCCGGGUGCUGGUCUCUGCAAGGGCUUUGCUAACGUUGGUCUCACCACAUCAUCACAAAGGAUGCCAUCAAAUGGCAUCAACAUCAUCAAAAAUGAUAACAGUCCGUCGGGAUCACCGCAUUACCAGCCGCUGCUUAACUCUUCUGCCUCGCACAAAACUCAGCUCGGGACUAUGUCAUCCAUGGACGAUAUGCAUGCCCCACAGCAGCAGCAGUCACAGCCUAACAAUAGGUACAUGCCAAUGACCAGCAAUGGUAUAAACAACGGUACUACUAAUACCGGUAACAAUUGCACUGACGCCGGUAACAAUUUCGUUACCAGUAACGAGUCCAGCGACUUCGUCAUGGGCGGCAACACCAGCAACGGUUUCAUCAGCUGCUCUGCGGGCACCACCAACAACUGUCCCGCCGGGUUCCCCGCCCUGGACCCCUCAUCCCUGGAGGAUCUCAACCCCCUCGUUGACAUAUCCCCGUCCCCAGUGUCCAUGAGCGACUCCCUCGUCCAAGGGGAUGGCAGUAAUUCCCCUUCUUCCCUCGCCUCGGGGUUCCUUCCCCAGCUCUCGAACGGCAGCUUCAAUGAAAUGGGCUCACCGACUCGAUUUGCGUGCUCCACGUCCAGCGCCAGCAGCCCUUUGAGCUGCAGCGGCUCCAUGGCGCCGCCCGGCGGCUCCCCGCCUCCAGGAUACAUCAGCGAGGAUGGCAGCCGACACGACCCCAUGGAGGAGGUCUGCUCCCAGGGCGAUGACGAUGAACGACAUCGUUCGAACAAUGUCAACCAGGACGAAAGGAUGGGUGGGGCCUCGCGAUGCGUCAUCCGUGGGCGUCUGGUGAGUGACGCUGCUGCCACGUGGCGUGUUGCGUCCUGCCACGUGGCGUGUGUGGCGUGCUGCCACGUGGCGUGUGUAGCGUGCUGCCACGUGGCGUGUGUAGCGUGCUGCCACGUGGCAUGUGUGGCGUGCUGCCACGUGGCGUGUGUAGCGUGCUGCCACGUGGCGUGUGUAGCGUGCUGCCACGUGGCGUGUGUGGCGUGCUGCCACGUGGCGUGUGUGGCGUACGUGCUGCCGUGUGGCGUGUGGCGUCCUGCCACGUUGCGUGUGGCGUCCUGUCACGUGGCGUGUGGCGUGCUGCCACGUGGCAUGUGUGGCGUGCUGCCACGUGGUGUGUGUGGCGUGUGCAUGGCGUGCUGCCUCGUGGCGUGUGGCGUCCUGUCACGUGACGUGUGGCUUUCGGCCAC